AUGGCAAUCUCACCGUGGACAGGCAAGCCACUGAAUCUCAAGGUCAUUGGCACGAAUGCCGGUACCUCGAUGGAUGGGCUCGACAUCGCACACAUGCAUUUCACGCAAGAUACACCUACGAGCCCGCUGAAGAUGCGCUUGUUGCACGCAGGCGAGGUUCCAUUUGAUGGCGACCUCAAGCAGCGAGUCAUGCGACUCAUCAAGGAGAAUCAAACUUCGCCAGAAGAGAUCUCGAUUGUAAACAUCCAGCUAGGCGAAUUUGCAGCCAACGCGAUACAACAAUUCGCCGACGACUCGGGCUUCUCGUUGCAAGAUGAUGUUGACAUCAUUGCCGGGCAAGGCCAAACGAUAUGGCACCUCCCACUUCCAGAAAUGUUUGAAGGAAAUCAGCAAAGAGCACACCUGGAUAUGGCAGAGAUUUCCGUGAUCGCGGCCAAGACAGGCGUGACCAGUCUGUCCAAUUUUCGCGUCAGUGACAUGGCGCUCGGAAGGCAAGGGUGUCCGCUUUUCGUGGCGUGGGAUGGGCUGGUAGCAACGCAUCCCACGAAGAAUCGCGCUGUCCAGAACAUAGGCGGUAUUGCCAAUAUCACGAUGCUCCCAAUGGGCGAUGUUCGUGAAGGCUAUGACUUCGACACCGGGCCAGGAAAUGUUUUCAUUGACGCUGCCGUCCGAUACUUUACCAAUGGUCGGCAACAGUACGAUAAGGAUGGAGCCCUAGGAGCAAAGGGCAAUGUCGAUCAAGCCAUUGUUGAUGAGUUUCUAGAAGGUCCCUAUUUCGUACACGACAUUCCGAAGACAACGGGGCGGGAGACGUUUGGCGAUAGAACCGCAGAACAAAUUUGCGAACGGAUGCUAGCAGCUGGCGCUCGUCCGGAAGACUGCGUAGCGACCAUCACUCGUAUAACGGCGAAGGCUUUGGCAGAUGCUUACGAUCGUUGGGCGCCGAAGGGUGGAAUCGAUGAGGUUUUUCUGGGUGGAGGAGGAUCUUACAAUCCGAACAUCAUCAACUAUCUGCGGAAGCGGAUGCCUCGAACAUCAUUCAGCUUUCUCGAUGAUUUGGGGGUGCCAACAGGCUCUCGCGAGGCGAUGGACUUCGGGUUCAAGGGCCUCGAAUGCGUCCUCGGCAGGUCAUUGAUUGUGCCGCAACGAGUCGAAAGUUCGCGGGCAGGCAUCAUCGGUCACAUCCAACCCGGUGCAGGGCUUUCGUACCACCGACUCAUGAAGCAUGUGCAGGACUUCUGGGGUGAUUUUCCUCUUGAAGGAGGAUGGAACCCAUCAUGGAGAUGCAAGUCGUCGGAGGACCCAACAAGUCCACAAGCAACGGCAACGGUGUAG